UCUCUUGUGCUGGGCGCACAGCAUUUGAGAAUUUGGCGCGCCAAAGUCGACACAAGCAUUCUUUCCUGUUUCAUUCAAUUUAACAUCGUUUCUCUCGUUUAUUUGCACUGCAACUUACUAGAGCGUUGAAACCCUGAACAUUGUGGCGUCGGCGUCCAUGGCGUUCACAGCGAUUUCAUGUGAUUGCCAGCGGCGGUAGAAGCAUGAUGAGUGCAUAGGAGAUAUGCAGGAGCCGGACGGACAUGGCCGCAUCGGGCACGCGAGUGCGCCCGCCGGCGAUGGCGCGGCUGGCGACACCGUGGCUGGUGCACAGCGCGCGCGCCCGCCGGCCAAGCAUGUGCGCUUUGCCGAUGCGCCUCUGGCGCAUGUCGGGCCUGCAUCAGCACCUGUCCUGGGGCUGCCUCUGCCAACUGCCCAACCUCCAGCCGGCUCGUUGGGCAGCGGCAGCGGGGGCGGCGGGGCCGGGGGCGGCGGCGGGGGUGGCCCGGGCUUGGCCCGGGCUGGCGGGCUGGCUAGCCUGCUGGCGGGUGUCACGGCGGGCAUACGCCAGCGUCAGCAACACGGGGAGAUGCCUGCGGUCACUGCUGGUGCUGCUGGCGUCCACGGCACGGCCUUGCGUGUAGGCGGCGGGCCUCCUGCGCCUCCACGCUCGGGGCGAGGGGCGCCCGCGCCGCUGCCGGCCUUGGGCGCCCUGCCUGGUGCCUUCACCACACUGCGCGCCAUCGCCCGUGGCCGCAGUGGCCCCGGAAGCGACGGCGACGGCGACGACAGCGGUGAGGGCAGCUCUGGCGGUGAUGAGGGCACAGGCUGGGACUCGGGCGCGGGGCUGCCUGAAGACAGCGGCAGCGGCGGUGAGAGCGACGACGACGACGGGGCGCCGCCGGAUGACAGCGACGACGAGAGCGACAGCGACAGCGAGGGCGGGGUGGCUGGCGAGGAAGGUGACCAUGAUGAUGAUCUGAUGGUGCCACUCAACCAGGAGGGCGCGCUAGCCAGCUCUGCAUCCGGCUCCGAGUCAGAGCCCGGCUCGGGCUCUGGAUCAGGCUCGGGGUCAGACUCGGAAAGCAGCUCAGGGUCUGGCUCGGAUUCCGGCACCGGAUCAGAUGACGCGCUGCUGGGUGACGAGGCGGAGGAGGCUGUGGAGGAGCAGCAGGGCGAGGAGCAGGAGGAGGGUGAGGAGCAGGAGGAGGGUGAGGUGGCAGACGCGGCGGCAGAUGAGGGUCUGGAGGCGGCGGCAGACACAGCAAUAGUCGCCGCAGAGGCCGGUGGCGGGCAGGCCGGGCCCUCUCGCGGCAGCGGCGGCGGAGCCGCCGCCGGUGGGCCCUCUUCCCUCCUCAACACCACUCAGGCUCUGGCGGAUGGGUGGUGGCGGAACGGCGGCAGCCUUCGCAGCCAGCCCGGCGCCGAGGGCGGCGGCGGCACAGCCGGCGGCGAAGCCGCCGCCGCCGCCGCCGCUGCCGCGCUGGCGGCUGCUGGCGGUGGUGCCUACCUGGAGGGCGCCCGUGGCAAGUCGCGGUACGGUCUGAAGAAGAAGCGGGCGCCCAACGCCUUCAGCAUCAACAAGCGCAUGUGCUCCUUUGAGAACCCCUUCGCCGACCCGCCGCCGCCGGGGCUGGGCACCGGCAGUGGCACAGCCGGCAGCGGCGGCCGCAACAUCCAGGGGGCUGGCGGCGGCAGCAGCGGCCUGGCAGUGAAGUACAAUGCCCUGACGUACACGAGUCUGGCGCUGGGGCUGCCGCUGCCGCCCAGCCACAUGCCCAGCCGCCUGUUCCUGCGGCCGGGGGAGGGCUCGGCGGCGGACCUGCCCUUCCGCGAGUACGGCGCCGCGCGGCUGACGGCGGCGGAGCAAUGGGACGCCAGGUUUGGGGCGAUGUCGUGUCUCAACGCUCUCGAGGACGACCAGCUCAGGUACGGGCGCCUGGCCCGGCGGCGCCCGGACGGCCCGCUGGCUGUGUGGACGGAGCUGGACGACGAGGAGGACAGCAGCCUGAGGACCUGCAGGGCCCUGAGCGCCGGUGCACCGCUGCGCCCGCGCCACCCCGCACUGCAUCUGCAGCCGCAGCCGGGCGCACGUGCUGUGCCGCCCGGUCCUGUUGGCGCCGGUGCCGGCAGCGGCAGCCGCCGCUCAGGCCCCGGAGCUGCGGUGUGUGUGGGCGGCUGGCACUGGCCUCUGGGGCCACUGCCCGCCCCAUGGCGCAGCUCCAGUGCGGGCAGUCAGGGCCAGGGCCAGGGCCAGAGGCAGGGGCAUGAACAGGGGCAGGACCAGGCGCAGGCACAGGACGGAAGCGAGGAGACCAAGGAGCGGGGACAACUGCGGGAAGGCGGCCCGGCCAAGGCCACUGGCUCAGCUACUGCCGCAGCGGACGCGGCCGGAGCCAUUGGAGCGGAUGAUGGGGCACUUGCGGCCAUGCAGGCCGCUGCACGGAUGGGGUUCAAGGUCCGAAGGAUUCAAGCCAGCAGCGCGGGGGCCGCGGUGGGGUCGGCAUCGGGGGCAGGUGCUGGGCAAGCAGCAGCGGCAGCAGCAGCAGCAGGAGGGUUGGCAUCUGGGACGCACCCCGCAGCAGCACCAGCAGCGGCCAUGGUCUCAGCGGAGGCGGCCCGGGCUCACACCGCACGGCGGUGUGGCUGGCGGCGGCCAGAUGGCAGCGCCGCCGGCCCCGCAGGACCGGGGCAGGUGGCUGCGGAGGCGCCGCAAGAGGCUCAGCUGCCGGCACACGUGCGCGAGACACUAGCUCAACUGCGGCGGGCGGCCGAUGACGCCGCGGCCGCAGGUAACACCGCUGUCGCCUCGGAGCUGUCCCGUACUGCUGACGCCGCCGCCGCAGACGCCCUCGCGGCCGCCGCGGCGGUGGAUGUCGCCGCGGCAGCAGCGGCCGGUGUGCCCCCGCAGCCUGCGGGGCCGGGGGCGCGUAAGGCCACCCGCCUGCCUGCGGGCCGCGCCAACAAGCCCCUGGGCCGUGUUGACGCCGCCGCCUACGCCGCUGUCAUGUCGGGCGGGCAGGCGGAGUACGAGCUGGCCGAGGUGGACGAGCAGCUGGCGGUGCCGGACCCCGCCUGGGACGGCGACGUGGGGCCGGGCGAUGACGUGGCGCUGAGGCACGCGGCGGAGGCGUACGGCGGCGAGCAGUGCUGGACGCUGGUGCGCACCACCACUAAGUACUACGGCCCCGCGCCGGCACCACCAGUGCCAGCACCUGCGCCAGCAGCACCAGCGCCAGCCGCUGCGGGCGCUCAGGGCGUAGGUGCAGGAACCGCCACAGGGCCCGCGCUGCCCUGCUGCCUGGAGCUGGUACAGGACGUGCUGCGCUGCGCCCACCCGGGCUGCCCCGCCACACGGCUGGUGUACCGGCCCGGGCCCGCACUCCACCUGCCCCGGGGCCUGAGCGCCGCGGACCUGGCGGCCGCGGGGCUGCGGCUGUGGGUGGUGACGCCCGCCGGCCGGCGCGGCGAGCACUGCCACCCGCCGAUGCAGCCACCGCCGCGGCAACAGGAUGCAAGUGUUCGUGAUGCAGCUAGUGCUGCUGCUGCUGCUACUACUGUUGAUGCUGGUGCUACAGCUGCUACUGCCACUGCUCCUGCUGUCUUGUUGUCGCCGCUGCACGCCCUGGUGCCGCCGGACCUAGACGUUCACACUCCUCUGUCGCGUUCACUCCUGCUGCCGCUGUUCCCGGCCGCACCUGGAGGCCCUAACACUGCACACCCAGGCGCGAGCUGCCCCGCCUCCGCCACCCAGCCAUCUCCGCACCAGCCACUUCCGCAGCAGGCACAUCCUCGCCAGGGGCCACAGCCGCAGCCGCUGCUGGCGGCUGCGGGCCAGCGGGCCCUGGCGGCGCUGUGGCUGGUGGAGCCGGGGCCCGCGCCCCGCUGGAGCUGCCGCGCCAGGCGCUGGGUGCGAGAGGCGGAGCCGGCAGUGGGGCAGCCGGAGCAUGCGGCGUCAGAAGACCAGUCGGCGCAGCAGCAACCACCGCGCAGGCCGUGGCGGCUUGGCGGCUGCUGUGCGGCGGUGAAUGAGGCGGUGUUUCCGGCUGCUCCCGCCCUGGAGUAUCUGCACGGCGGUGAAGCUAGCAGUGGUGGCGGGUGUUGGGCAUGCGGGGCGCCGCGGCCGGACGGCCCCACGGGCCUGCUGCGGCAGCUGGUGGCGGCGGCAGUGGCCCGGCACGGUGCCGCACACGUCACAGCGCUGCAGGUUUACGAGUACGUGCGGCGCGAGAGCGGCGCGGCAGCUGCUGAGGAGGAGGUCGCCGGGGCGAUGGAGCUGCCCGGCGGCGCUGCCCCCUCAGCGCCUCUGCACCCCGCCAGCGGUGCAGCUCCCGCCUCCACCUGCCGCUUCGGCCCACCUGCCUGCACGCUUGCCGAGGUGGCUGCGGACGCCUACGUGGUGCUCAUGCAGGCGGCCGCGGCGGCGCUGCUGGCACACCAGCUGCCGCCGCCGCCGCCCCCACCGCCUAUUGCAGCCUCGGUCGAGUGGCAGCAGCAGUCCCAGCAGUCCCAGCAAGCGCAAGCCAGCGCUGCGGUGAAUGGAGCAGCCGGGGGUGGAGGCGGGCCGCCAGGUGUCCGGGCGGCGGCAGGGGACUCGCGCGAUGAGCUGGUGGUGCAGGGCGGCGCCGGCUUCGCGGAGGGCGAGCGGGCCUGGCUGCUGGCGGGACAUGCAGUCGGCGCCACAGGCGCAGGUGGAGCCACGGAGGCCGCUGAAGCGGCCGCGCUGUCACGGCCGCAGGGGCGUGCAGAGGCGCCGCAAGGCGACACGUGGCACAUGCCUCUGGCGGUGAGGCAGCUGCAGCGGGCCGCGGCGUCAGCGGCGAGGGAGGCAGGGGCCGGCGUGCCCAAGGCCGCAGCAGCAGCGGCUGCAGGCGGCGGCGGUGAGCCGGCUGCAGCAGAGCCGCCGUCGGCAGCGGCGGCCGUGGCAGCUCUGAUGGCGGAGCAGAAGGUGCGGCCGAUGACGGCGGCGGCGGAGGUAGCGGCGCGGUCGUUGCUGCCGCCGCCGCCGGAAGAGGUGGCGGCGCAGGAGGCGGCGGAGGCUGAGGCGGCGCGGGGCGCGGACGUGAGGGCGGCGGCGGCGGAGGGCGCCAGCCACCUAGCGCUGGGGCUCAUGCGCAGUCUGGAGUGGCCGCUCCGGGUCAGGCUCAAGAUGACGCAGCCGCCACCAGCCGGAGGCGCCCACGACGCCCCUGCCGCCAAACCUGCUGCCGCUGCGGCUGCGGCUGCGGCUGAAGCUUCAAACGGGGCGCCCAAGAAUCCGCCACUCGCCGCCGACGCGGGCUGGCGGCGCAUGUCGUUCUCCAUUGCGUCGCGCCUGCUGACGGCGCCCGCCUCCGCCGCCCGCCUGCCGGACUGCAGCGCGGGACUGCGGUCGCUCACAGCACGCCUUCCUGGCGAGCCCGAGCCGGCGUGGCGGAAGCGUUCUGGCCGCAUCACCUCUUUGUAUAACGACAUCUACAAUUACGUCAUCAGCAGGCAGAUGAUAAAACGAUUCACGGACGCGGCGCAGCGCGACCCGGCUGUGAAGCACCGCAUCAAGACCAUCUGCCGACUGGCGGCGCUGGCGGCGGCGCGGACCGAGCUGGCCAAGCCGGUGGGCUCCGGCGAGUGGGCGAUGGGGCUGCAGCUGCCCGGCGUCAUUUCGGUGGAGGCGGCGGUUUCGCAGGCCUGGAUCACACCGGGUGCCGUUGCGGCGGGUGCGGCAGCGGCGGGCGGCGCUGCGGCCGGGCAAGGGACCGGCGGGGCCGGUGCCAACGGAGGACCCGGUGCGGUCGCCGGUGAUGAGGCCAGGACGCAGCAGCAGCGGUCGCGGUCGCGGCCGGUGGACACGCUGCAAGUGCUGGCGGCGGCACUGGGUCGCAGCUGCCCCGGUGUGGCGGCUCGCGUGCAGCCGCUCUGGGGCGGCGCUGGUGUUGGUGCGGAUGGCAGUGUAGGCGGAGGCAGCGGCCCGCAGCAGCGGGCGACUGAGGGAGCCGGCGAGGACAUGGAGGUGGAUGUGGAGGCGCCCUCGGGCGCCGGCGGGUCGGCUGCGGGGGGCCGCGAGCAGCAGCUGGGUUCGCAGGAAAGCUCCCAGCAGCCGCAGCAGCCGCAGCGGCCGGGUCGUGGCCGGGGCUUGUCGUGGCGCGGGCGGGCGGAGCUGCGGCCGCCGCUGGAGCUGUGUGGGCCCGGGGUGGUGCUGCUCGAUGACGAGGAUGCAGCGCUGGCAGCGGCGGGGUCGCACGCGCUGGGGGUGCCCUACCUCGUCUCUUCACACGCUAAGCGACGCCGCCUGGAUCCAGGGCUGUUGCUGCCGCUGCCCGGCGUGCGCGCCGCCCGCACCGCCGGCGCGGACGCAAGACCGCCACCGCAGCUGCCAGGUGGCAGAGGGGCUGGCAAGGCGGCGGGUGCAGGCGCCGGGGGCGCGGCAACCAACUGUGCAGAAACAGUGACGGAUGACGCAGGGAGCGAAGACGACUGGGGUGGUGUGCGGGUGCCGGGCAGUCGCGCCUGGCUGCUGCACCACCUGCGGCGGGAGCUGCACCCCGCGGAGGCGGAGGGCUUCAGUGGGCCGGCCUGGCUGGGGCAGCAUGCGGGCGAGCAGGUGACGGUGCUGCCGCCCGGCGCUGUCGGCGCUGCGGCGCCGCGGCCCGAGCCAGGGCCAGGGACGGGCGCAGGGGUGAUGCUGGCAGCGGCGCCACUGGCCGCAGCUGGUGGUGGCGACGUCACCUGGCUGCCGCGCGCCGCCGAGGUCUUGGCAGUGAACAGCGGCAGCGGCACCGCCGACGCAGGCGCUAUCGCCACCUCGACGGAGCACGGCCCCGGCUUUGACCUGCUCAGCCCCGCCCUUGCAAGCCGUGUGCUGAGCAGUGCUCGGCCAGGCCUGUCGGCGUCACAAGUAGCAGCCGGCACGGCGGCAGGCGCGGCUGUGGCGUGCGUGGGCGCGCAGCGGGUUCGGCCGCUGCCGCACCGCCGGCCCUUGGCCCGCAGCACCAUCGCCGCGGUCGUGCAGUGCUGCGCCGCCAGGGCGGCGCGCAUGCAGGCGGCUGCAUCGUCGGCAGCGCCAGCAGGGACGGCAGAUGGGCAGGGGCCUGCGCUGCCGCCCUGGGCUCCAGUGGGGCUGCCUAUGGGCGACCCUUGGGCGCGUGAGGAGGGCUGGAGGCGGCGCGAGGCGGCGGCGGCGACGCUGCUGCGGCAACGGCUCGGCGCGUUGGCGGCGGUCACCGGGACCGCUGCGGGUACAACAGAGCCCGACACGGGCCUUGCGACCGGCAGGAGCGUGGCGGCAGCCGGCACACGUGGCACCAUGUGGCGGCCCUGGUGCCGGCCUCCCCAGCCUGCAGCUGCAGUAGAGGAGGGAGGGGCGGCGCAGCACGACAGGGAGGAGGAGGGGCAGCACACGCCGCCGCAUCCUGCUGCAGCCCUGCCCCAUGCGGACGCAUACCCAGCUGCGGCGGAGCCUACGGCCGCGGCUGCGGCUGCGGUUGCCUCGGCCGCCGGAUGGCAGAACCUUGCACCCGCCAGCAAUGCCGCGGCACAGCCUGCGCGCACGGCAACGCUGGAUGCGGUGUUGGAGGCGGUGGGGCCGCAGCUGCCGCCACAGGUGCUGAUGCUGUUUGAGCUAGCUCGGGCCAAUGGGAUGCAGCCGGAGCUUGUGGCGGCGGCGGCGCGGCGGUACGUGGGCAUCACGGAGCUGGCGCCGCCGCCGUCAGCAGCGUCGGUGGCCGAGGUACAGGUAGCUUCUUCGCAGGAUGGAGGCUAUGAUGAGGAAGAUCAGGAGUUGGAGCAGGUGGAGGCACAGGGGCCCGGGAGGAGUAGCAGUAGCAGCGAGAGCGAGGAGAGCAGCAGCGAGAGUGGCAGCCAGAGUAGCCGUGAGGGCAAUGAGAGCAGUUAGGUUAGUGGGGGUGAGGACGUUUGAAUGCAGAGAAGAGCGACCAGAUAGUGUAACUCGGCACGACGAACCUGCACAACGCAUCUCACUUUGGGUUGGCCGGGCACGCUUGGACAGAGUCAUGCCACAGGCGUGUAUAAGGCGAGUGCACAUUGACGAAAGGUGCGUGGUACAUAUGAAGGGUUACAUAUGACUCCCAGCUACUGGUCACCCCCUGGAUUGGACCAGACCCUACCGUCUCCGAACGUGAAAGUCCAGUGUCUAGUCCUAACCUGCCAGUUCAUC